UGUACAAUCCAUACUCCCCACAUCCACCACACCUCCAUCCAUGGCCUUCUCCCCCGCUCUCCACCUCCACCACCCGCCUCGCCUCCAUCACCUCCUCCUCUCCUCCAACCCUCUUUCGUCCUCUUCCUGCGCUCAAUACCCAUGGCUCUCCGCCUGGUCCUGCCCCCGCCGCGGCCUCCGACCGCCAGCCCCUGCUCUCGACCUCCGCCCGGAGCCCUCCCCCACCUCCGACUCCGACGACGAGGACGCCGUAGGAACUAGCCGCCAUUCCGGACGCUCCACCAUGUCUCUCAUUCUCCGCCGCCUCAAGCGCGCGGGCUAUUCACCCGAGGCCCAAACCGCCCCCUCCACCGUCUCUCAGCACCCGCGGCGGGGCUCCGUGGAGGACGUGUUCCGCGCGGACGAUGGUGUGCUUCCCAACGCGCGCGGGGGAUUCGACGAUGACGCGGAGUCCUCGCUCGUGGACGCGCGGUUCCCGUGGGAGCGGCCGAUGCCACCGCCCGAGGCGGCUGCGCGGGCCGCGAGGUCGCCGGCGUGGAUGGCGGAGCUUACGCUCCCUGAACCUGAGCUUAGGCGCCUUCGGCACGCGGCGAUGAGGAUCAAGUCCAAGACCCAGGUGGGCGGCGCUGGGGUGACGCGGGAAAUCGUGGCAAAAAUCAAGGAGAAGUGGAGGACGGAUGAGGUGGUCAGGGUCAAGGUCAACGGCACACCUGCGCUCAACAUGCGCCUCUUCCACGAGAUACUAGAGAGAAAAACAGGGGGAUUGGUAAUAUGGAGGUCAGGAACUUCUGUUUCUCUGUACAGGGGAGUAGCCUAUGACGUACCUGAGACCACUAAGGGAACAAAUAGGACUUGGCAGGAUGUUGGUAUGAAGUCCUCAAUAAGAGGGCCUCCUAUCCCUUCCUCGCUACCUAACGAGAAAGUUAAUAGCAUGCAAGAUAGCAACGGAGGCUUGGUAUCUAAUACUGAGAAAGAGGAAACAAUUGAAACAGUUCCAGAAAUCAAAUAUGAAGAAGAAAUUGACAGGUUGUUGGAUGAGCUUGGUCCUAGAUACAGCGACUGGCCUGGAUCCAAUCCAUUACCAGUAGAUGCAGAUUUGCUUCCCGCAACUGUACCUGGUUACAAACCCCCUUUCAGAGUUCUGCCAUAUGGAGUACGGCGGUCACUCAGCCGAAAGGACACUACCAAUUUGCGGCGUCUUGGUCGGGGACUGCCUCCUCACUUUUCUCUUGGGCGAAGCAGACAACUCCAAGGAUUAGCAGCUGCUAUGGUGAAGUUAUGGGAGAGAAGUUCCAUUGCAAAAAUUGCUUUGAAGAGAGGAGUGCAACUUACUACCAGUGAGAGGAUGGCUGAAGAUAUCAAAAAAUUAACAGGUGGGGUAAUGCUUUCAAGGAACAAUGACUUUGUAGUCUUCUACAGAGGGAAAGAUUUCUUGUCCACGGAACUCGCAGAGGCACUCCUCGAGAGGGAAAGUUCAAUGAAGUCCCUACAAGAUGAGGAGCAAGCACGGUUAAAUGCAAAACUGUCAUUUACUUCUAGCACUGAGGCAUUUAUAGAAUCCACUGUAGCUGGUACUCUUGGAGAGACCCUUGAAGCUAACUCUAAAUAUGGAAAUGAACUGGACGGUAAUCACGUGGACAAGAUGACUAGAACUGUAGAAGCUGCAAAGCAUGCUGAUCUUGUAAGGGAGUUAGAGUGGAAGCUUGCGCUUGCAGAGAAAAGGAUAGCAAAAGCUGAACGAGUGCUUGGAAAAGUCGAGACUGCCUUGAAUCCAACUGAAGAUACCAAACCACCUGAAACAAUAACCGAUGAAGAGAGGUUCAUGUUUCGGAAACUUGGUCUAAGGAUGAAGGCAUUUCUGCUCCUUGGUAGAAGAGGAGUUUUUGAUGGCACAAUCGAAAAUAUGCACUUGCACUGGAAAUACAGGGAACUGGUGAAAAUACUAGUGAAAGCAAAGUCUUUUGCAGAUGUCAAGAGGACAGCACUAUCACUUGAAGUUGAGAGUGGGGGCAUUUUAGUUUCUGUGGACAAGGUCUCCAAAGGCUAUGCCAUUGUUGUGUUUCGUGGGAAGGACUAUAAACGUCCUUCCAUGCUGAGACCAAGGAAUCUUUUGUCAAAGAGAAAGGCUUUAGCUCGAUCCAUCGAGCUACAGAGAAUGGAGGCCUUGAGUCGUCACAUUGGAAAGUUAAACAGAAGGGUGAAUCAGCUCAGAUCCGAACUAGUCCAAGUAGAAGAUGCGAAGGGCCAAGGAGACGAGGAGCUGUAUGCUAAACUAGAUUCUGCGUAUUCGAGCGAGGAUGAAGAUGUAGAGGACGAGGAUGAUGAGGCUUAUCUCAGGAGCUUUGACAACCCAAUUGUCAGGGCAACCGUUGAUGAAAAUGAAACCGCCAUCGCGGACAGUGAGUCUAGUUAUAGCAAUGACGAUGAUUCCGCUGAAGAUAAUGGCGACUGCGAUGAAGAUGAAGUUAAUGGUGUGGAAUAUUCAGACUAUGACGACGAUGAAGACUGUGAGCCCGCUGUAAUUUCUGCUGGUGAUUUCCAGCGUAACUUGUAUUCGGGUUGUUCUGACGGUGACCGACUGCCUAGAAGAAGGGGAUGAAUCAGACGAAAGAUGUAGCGAUCUAGAGAACAUUUUAGAAAGUCAUCGCACCAUACAGGGAUCGCCCUUCCGAGCUGACCAAGCCAUGUAGCUAGACAAUCCUGUACAGUGAGUAAAUAACGAGUAUUUCACUUGGUCUA